UUGCCCCUCCUACCCGUCCUUAAAAGUGGAAACCAUGCUGCCUGAAGCAUUUAACUACAGUCCUCAUCUGUCUUCAGAAUCUUCUUCCUUCACUUCUCACUCAAAGAGAUAAACAGACAGGCAGAGACAGAGAGAGGCAAGGAGAGAGAGAGAGGAUAUGGCUGAGCCUCUCCUCUCUGCCCGCUUGUUUGUACUGGUGGAGCACCUCUUUCUGUUACAUCAUAUUCAUGCAGGGGCAUUUUAUGGGCACCAACCACUGCCUCAACAGCACCAACCACUGCCCCAACAGCAUCAAACACUGCCCCAACUGCACCAACCUCUGCCACAGUUACCUCACCUGCUGCAUGGCAAUGAGGGAAUACCCCAACACUAUUACAAUGGGAAGGAAAUGCCACACUUGCCCUAUGAAAAUGAGAUGCCUUUGGCUCUACAUUAUGGAAAAGAACAUCCACAGAUACCCAUGCACAUGGGUAAACCCAAUUUAGGAAAAGGUGAAACUAUUCCAAGAGGAGAGAAAGGUGUCACUGGCAAAGCUGGUCCAAUGGGGCCUCCAGGGCCUCAGGGCCCCCCAGGGCCUCAGGGCCCCCCAGGACUUCCUGGUCAUGGCAUCCCAGGACCUCCUGGAAAACUUGGUCCCCAAGGUCCACCAGGAUUCCCUGGGAUUGGAAAAUCAGGAAUGCCAGGAUUGCCAGGAAAACCUGGGGGCAUAGGUUUACCAGGACCAAAGGGUGAAUUAGGACCAAUUGGUGGUGGAGGGCCGAUAGGAUUGCCAGGACCUCCAGGUCUUCCAGGACCCCAUGGCUUACCAGGUGUGGUAAAACCAGGUGGACAAGGACUUCCAGGACAACCUGGGCCCCGUGGAGGACCUGGAGAUAAGGGCCUUCCUGGGCUCCCUGGCGUCCCUGGGCUAAAAGGUCAUAAUGGAAUUGGUCUCCCAGGACUGCCGGGUCUAAAGGGGCCUUCUGGACUUCCAGGGCCACCAGGACAAGGAGGGAUACCAGGUGUUGGCAAGCCAGGACUGAAUGGACUACCUGGGGCACCUGGAUGGCCAGGUAAGCCUGGUGCACCUGGAGAACCAGGACUGGCAGGAGUUCCAGGGGAGAGAGGGCAAACAGGGCCACCAGGACUACCAGGUUUUGGUAAACCUGGUUUGGAUGGGUUGCCAGGGAAACCAGGUCUCCAAGGUGGAAGAGGUCAGUCAGGUCUCCCUGGUUUACCUGGGAGUCCAGGCUUGCCUGGAUUUGGCAAGCCUGGAUAUCCUGGCCCCAAAGGUGAAAAAGGGUAUAGUGGGUUGCCUGGCCCUCAAGGCCCAAAAGGUGAUAAGGGUCAUGGUGGUCUUCCUGGAAUGAUUGGACCACCAGGUCCAAGUGGCCUUCCGGGUCCUCCAGGUCUCUUGGGACCUCCUGGAGGCAUUGGUUUCCUUGGUCCAAAAGGAGAGGGAGGUUCAGUAGGACCAAAGGGACAACUAGGUCCAAAAGGUGAACCAGGACCUGCAGGACUUCCAGGAACAUCAGGAUUUCCAGGAGGAGUAGGGCAGCCAGGACCUAGAGGAUUACCUGGUUCAUUGGGGCCUAAGGGUGAAAACGGACACAAAGGCUUACCUGGCCUACCUGGAGCCCCUGGAAAGCCUGGCGCAAAAGGAGAAGGUGGAUUUCCAGGAGAGAAAGGUUAUCCAGGGCCUAUGGGGAUCCCAGGAUUGAAGGGUCCAGCAGGACCAAUAGGACCACCUGGUCUCCCAGGGCCAAAAGGUGAAUAUGGUCCACCAGGAAAACCUGGACCACCAGGUGAGGGAAAACCAGGACUUCAAGGCCCAUUAGGUCCUCCUGGUAUACCUGGGACUGGUGGGCCCACCGGUCAACAUGGAAAACCUGGUCCUCCUGGCCCUCCUGGGCCACCUGGGCCUCCUGCUCAGUCUCCUGUUGCUGAGCAAAUCUUUCCUGAGACAGGUCCUGAGCUAGAUGGAUUCAAAGGUGGCUUUAAGAAAGAAAAGCCUGGUGGCGCUAUAUUUCACAGAAAUGGCCAAGAGAUGCCUGCAUUUACUGCUCAGCUAACAACACCAUUUCCUUCAGUUGGGCAACCUGUUGUCUUCAACAAGCUUCUACAUAAUGGAAACCAGAAUUACAACCCUCAAACAGGCAUCUUCACUUGCAAAAUACCUGGAAUUUACUACUUUGCCUACCAUGUUCACUGCAAAGGGGGAAAUGUAUGGGUGGCCUUGUACAGGAACAAUGAGCCAGUUAUGUACACAUAUGAUGAAUACAAAAAAAGUUACCUGGAUCAGGCAUCAGGGAGUGCAGUGCUGCCUUUACAAACUGGAGAUACUGUACAUGUCCAGCUACCAUCAGACAAAGCUGCAGGACUUUAUGCUGGUCCAUACGUCCACUCAUCAUUUUCUGGGUAUUUAUUAUAUCCUAUCUGAAUAUGUGAAAAGAUGUGACAUGACCUAACAGUAAAAAUUUUAGACCUUUCAAACAUCAACUGUGCGUGUGCCAACAGUAAAGAGACAUGUUAAAAAAUUUAAGAAUUGAAGGGAAACAUUAUUAAUCCACUUUUUUUUUUUCUCCAGAACUAGCUGGUCAGGACAUGCAUUAACAAAUUAACAAAGUUCGUUCAAUUUGUUAAGUUAUAGGUCCUUUUUGUAUGAGGUGAUGCAAAGGUAUAUCCAGUGUUGUGUUUUAUAUCUUGGCAUUUUGUGCUACAUUGGAAAUAUAACUUCAAAUACAGUAUAUCGGUAGUGAGAUAAUGUUGAAUAUACAUUUUAAGCAUACACAUUAUUACAUGUCUUACAGUAUUCAGUAUUUCAUCAAUAUGGAUCUAGCACUUUGAGAGAACUCAUAUUACAUUAUUUAUUUGUGCAUAUUUCCUAUUGUUUGGUAGUCUAUAAGUUGUGUAUAGAUGUGGUCACACUAACUACAUAUCAGUGUAAAAUGAUGAAAUACUUAGAUUGUCAGAAAUUGAGAAUGUUUUGUUGGCUAGAUGUUCGAUAUGCACUUUUCUUCUGCUGUUGUAGUAGUUUCUCAUUAUACCAUCUCAAUUAACUUAAAGAGAGUAAAUAAGUACAUAAGGGUUUAUGUUUAUUUUAUUAGCUUUAAAGGGAUAGUUCACCCAAAAAUUGUAAUUGUCUCAUAAUUUACUCUCAUACCAUUCCAGAUGUGUAUGACUUUCUUUAUUCAGCAGAACACAAACAAUGAUUUUUAGAUACAAUGCAAAUUAAUGGUGAUCAGACCUUUGUAGCUCCAAAAAUCACAUUAAGGAAACAUAGAAGUAAUCCAUAAGGCUCCAGUGGUUUAAUCCAUAUCUUUAGAAGCAAUAUAAUAGUUGUGGGGGAGAAAAAUGUAAGUCUUUUUUUUUUUUUUUUACUGUAAAUCUCCACUUUAACUUUUACAUCUAAAAGUGAUAGUUAAAGUGGAGAUUUAGAGUAUACAAAAAAAAGUACCUAAUAUAUCCCGUCUGAAGAUAUUUCAACACUGGAGUCUUAUGGAUUACUUUCAUGUUUCCUUUAUGUGAUUUUUGUAGCUACAAAUGUCUGAUCACCAUUCACUUGCAUUGUGAGUACCUACAGAACUGAAAUAUUAUUCUAAAAAUCUUCAUUUGUGUUCUGCAGAAGAAAGAAAGUCAUCUGGGAUUGGAUAACAGUAAAACCAAAUGUACUGAACCUAAAAUGUAGGUUCUUUCACACUGAUCAAAUAGACUAGGUCAUUGUUUAUUAAUGUUUAUCAAACCAAAGUUUAUUUGAUGUUAAUGUGUACAUUGUCACCAUUUCUAGUUGACAGGCAAAUUUUAUUCAAGCACAUGAACACCAAGUUCAAAUCAAGCAGUCUUUGAUAUUUGAUCUUAAAAUGUUUGAUGUUUGAUCCUAAAGUUUUAUGUAAUUUAUUUUUUUUAGAUUUACUACUGAAUGCCUAAAUUUGUAUAUGUGCAAAAAGAUGGUGGUGGGGCACAAAAAGAAGGAAUUUAUUAUAUUUUGUAUUUCUGACAGUGUGCUUAACUAUUAAAUGAAUACUGAUUAAAGUUAUUGUUAUUAUUAAUAUUACUAUUAAUAAUAAUAAUAAUAAUAAUACAUUAAUUUGACUUAAAUUGUUUGAAUUUGUAAUUGGGGAAUUAAAAAAAAUAAAGAAACCUUGGUUUUAUUCUUUGAGCA